UGAAAUUUCUGAGACACUACAAAUUGCUUUUACCUCUGAAACUUAGGUCUUGGUGAUUAGUGUCUAUACAUAUGCAUCAUAUCUAUCAAACAUUUCUCCCUCUCACUUAAUAAAUCAUCUUUUGAUCUUCUCUCAAUUCUCAACUGAAAAUCAACAGCAGGCAAAAGGUUUUCAGAUAAUUCCAUCUGAGAAAAUGUUGAAGAAAAGCUUCAAACCUGGAAAAUGCAAGACGUCACUGAAGCUCGCCAUUGCACGAAUCAAGCUUAUGAAGAACAAGAAAGGUGUUCAAUUGAAGCAAAUGAAGAGGGAAUUAGCCCAGCUUCUCCAAGCUGGACAAGAGCAAAAUGCUAGAAUUCGGGUUGAACAUGUGAUACGAGAGGAAAACACAAGGGCAGCAUAUGAUAUCAUUGAACUAUUUUGUGAACUCAUUGUAGCACGCUUGCCAAUUAUUGAGUCCCAAAAGCAUUGCCCCAUUGACUUGAAGGAAGCUAUUGCCAGUCUAGCAUUUGCUUCUCCAAGAUGUGCGGAUAUACCAGAAUUGCUAGAUGUACAGAAGCAUUUUGCAGCAAAGUAUGGGAAAGAUUUUAUUUCAUCUUCCCUUGAGCUGCGACCAGGUUGUGGAGUAAACUGCACAAUGAUUGAAAAACUGUCUGUAAGAGCCCCAAAUGGUGAGACCAAAAUUAAGAUUUUGACUGCAAUAGCCAAGGAGCAUAACAUUGACUGGGACCCUGCUGCAGCUGAGGAGCAAAUUAUUAAAACUCAUGAAGACUUGCUUGUUGGAUCAAACAAGUUUGUAAGUUCUGCUAAUGUCUCUGUUCAACCAUCAGAUCUUGAGUUCCCAUCCCCUCCAACUCAAAAGCCAGUACCAGCAUCACAAUUGCCCCAGGAUGAGGCGAGAAAAUCACCUGCCAGUUCUGAAACUUUUCGUUCUGGUGAAACGAUGUCUCCUCACAGUACCAUGCGUAGCGACCCGCCUCCUACUGAACCAAGGCCUCCAGAUAAUAGAAGUGAAAUUAGAGAAUCCAGAUUCUCAUCUUUCGAGGAGGGGAACAAAACUUCAUUGAACCGCCAUGGAUGGAACAUGGAAUUCAAGGAUGCAGCAUCUGCUGCCCAUGCAGCUGCCGAAUCAGCAGAGAGAGCGAGCAUAGCUGCUCGUGCUGCUGCCGAGCUCUCUAUUCGUCCUAGAACUCAGCACCCUAUGGAACCAUAUGCCCAAACAACUUCCUCUACAAUCAAUCUUUCUAACCAAUGGGGGCAGAGAGAGAAUGAGAAUAUUGGUAAUGAAAGUGUUGCUAGAAGUCAUAGCAAAUCUAGCUCCCAUGGCUCUAGUUCAAGUAUUACUGAAGAUGACAUUCAUACUCAAAACAUAGAUGUUCUUUACCGAAAACCCUUUUCGGGUAUGAAACCUGGCUGCAGUAAACCUGAGGUGGAUGAAAUGAACGAAUAUAGAGAGGGCAAGAGUGAAAGUGGGUCUCAGUCCUCUCAGCCUAGUUUCACUAAUGAUUAUGGGCAUGGGAAAUAUCCUAAAGAAGCUGAACAAUCUUCCUUUAUAUCUAGUAUCCCUGAUGAUGGCUAUCCUAAAGAAGCUGAACAAUCUUCCUUUAUAUCUAGUAUCCCUGAUGAUGGCUAUCCUAAAGAAACUCAACAAUCUUUCUCUAGUUUCAGUAAUCCUGAUUAUGGACAUAGAGAUUAUGCUGAAGAAACUCAACAACCUUCUUCAAGUUUCAGUAAGCGUGAUUAUGGACAUGAAAAUUACGCUAAAGACACUGAACAACCUCCCUCUAGUUUCAAUGACCCUGAUUAUGGGCAUGAAAGCUACUCUAAAGACACUCAACAACCUCACGAUCAUUUCAUUACCCAUUAUGGACAUGGAAGUUACCCUCCAGAAACUCAACAACCUUCACCUCGAUUCAGUACCUCGGAUUAUGGACAUAAAGAUUAUCCAAAAGAAACUCAACAGCCUUCUUCAGUUGAUCACUCAUCUGUGGUUUUCGAUGAUUCCAGUUCAGAAAGUGAUGCACAUAUCAUACCAGAGGGGAAUGACAGUUAUAAAUUUGAUUAUGACAAAUUUGAUCAAGGAAAGCUAUCUCCUACUCUCUCCCUGGAUUCAGAAUCGCGAGGCCUAAAGGACCAGAAGGGUGCAUAUUCAGGAAGUUCUCCUUUUCAUUCUCUGGAUUCUGACAUUUGGGGUCCCAAAGAACAGAUGGCUGGAUAUUCAGGGAGUUCUAUUCACUCUCAAAAUUCAGACCCUUGGGGGCCGAAGGAGCAGAUGGCUGGAUAUUCUAGUCAGAGAAACACCCAUCUUAAAAUGGAUUCUGCUGGAAACGAAAAUUCUCCUUUUGAGCCAUCUCACAUCACUCCAAAACCUGAAAUUAAGCGACCAUCUAGGGAUCGGUCCCCUGUGGUUUUUGAUGACUCAGAUGCAAUGAGUUCUGAGAGUGAAGAGGAAGUUCAUAUGUAUAAGCCAGGUGAAGAAAUGGAAGCCAAAGGCCCCAAGGAAACAUUGGAGGACAAGGGCUCUAGCAAGAGAGAGAGCUUAGAGAGCGAGGGUGAGCUGAAACUGGGAAAAGUAGUGGGUGGCCUGAGGAACAAGCCUUUUGUUCGGCCCCCAUAUGUAAAGCCUCCCGUGAACACUGAUAAACCAGCUUCUAUAGACUCUCCCAAGACUUUUACUUCCUCAGAAAAAGCUCAUAACCAGGAUAGAGAGCACAAGAAUUCACAGGCCGGAUCUUUCAAGAGAAAAACCAAACUCAGUGCUCCUCGAGUUCCUAAUUAUUUUGAUUCAGAGAGCGAAGAUUCCGAAUCUGAAUCCUUCAUUAGACCUGUCGAAGUUAAGAGUUUUACUGGUGGAAAGAUUUCUCAUAGGACUGCACGGUCGAGGGAUUCACAAUUAAAACCCAGCGACCAACCUGGGAGCAAACAAGAGUUGUCUUAUGCUGGAGAUUCUAUUUUGAGUAGCAGUAGUUUGAGAAAAAAUUUCAAUCAGCCUAAUCCAUCUGUUUGGGUUGCACAGGACGUGGUGGGUUCUAGUGAUAACGUGAGAACAAGAUUAUCGCAGGUUAAUCUUUCAGCUGAACAGCCUCUAAGGCCUCUGCCUGAGAGAGAAUAUGCAGAGAAGGAAACUAUGAAACCAUAUUCUUCUAGUGAGAGAAAGAGUUCUAGUGUGGCAAACCGAACAUCGCAACUGUAUCCAGGCGAACAGCCUGUAAAGAAACCAUAUACAUCUAGUGAGAAAAAGAGUUCUACUGUGGCAAACCAAACGUCGCAACUGUAUCCAGGCGAACAGCCUGUAAAGCCUCUACCUGAAAAGAAGUACGCAGAGGCCAGGGAAGCGCCAAAUCCAUCGACCUAUAGUGAGAGAAAGAGUAGUAGUGCGAGAAACAGGCCAUCCCAAUUGAAUGAACAGCCUGCGAUGCCUGUGCCUGAGAAGAAGGUUACUGAGACCAAAAAAAGUUCAAAACCAUCGGGCUCUAGUGAGAAAGUUGAACCCGCCAGAGUUUCUUCGCAUGUCCACCCAAAGUUACCUGACUAUGACAAACUAGCUGCACAGUUUGAGUCACUGAGAAAAGACCGGCGUUCAUCUUAGAACGGUUUCUGUUUGUCUUAGAUCUAUCGUGAGAAUUUGAGUUUUAAUAAUCAGUUUGUUUCACAUUUAUUUGUAAUAUUGGUUGGAAGAAGAGAGAGGUCUGUUUCACAUUUAUUUGUUAUAUUGGCUGCAAAGAGAGAGAGAGAGAGGGGGAGCAAAAUGGGGUUGUGGGAUUUGAAGAUGAGAGGGACGAAAGUUUUGGAGCCUGAGAGAAGUUUUAGAGAA